AUGGCAUCGCUCUCCGCUUCAGCCGAGCGGAUCGUGAAAAAAAGCUGGGAGGAAUCCGAGACUUCUGUUUCAUCUACGGCAUCAAUCAUCGAUGCCAGCAAUCCCUUCCGACUGGGAUUUCCUGCGCCCUUGCCAGCUCUUCCGGUCGGUCAUUCCUCCUGCGAUGAAAUAUUUCCUGUAAGCUAUGACGGCAUCAUUCGGGAGGUCGCUUCUCUGCUCAAACGGCGGGAUAUUAGUUGGGGAUCGGUUGUUGUGGUGUCUCGCUGUGCCUCCGCUACUGUUUCCGACAAGCGACCCACCAUCCUAAUCACGGCCACAGCGGUGAAAGACGACUCCUGGUACCUUUUUGUGAAGGAGACCCAAGAAUACCUGAUAAAAUGCUCUUUGGAUAAAGUCUGCGUGGAGAUUCACGAUCCUGAAGGCUUGAAGAUUCCUGCCCACUUUCACAUCGAACCCGAACAUCCGAUUGUAUCAGUCUGGCGGAAGCUCCAGAGAGGUAUCAUCACGGUUCUAGUCCCUCUAUGCUGGUGCAGCUUGUCGGUGGUUCGGUGGGGUUAUGGUAACAAUGCUCAAUCGAAUCCAGUUGCGAUUAUCAUUACAUCGAAGUGUCCUUCAGAACUAUCACAUACGAAGCGGACAAUUCAGCUCCGGUGUCAACAAUACAAUCUGGACAGAAUUGAGGUCUGUUUUGUGCAAGUGGACACUAUUUUUGCGGCCGGUGGAUUUCGAUCUCCUGUCGAGGGCCGAGACUUCGGGGUGACCUUAGACCUUUCUCCCGGGGCAAGCAUUGGACUUAGCUUAGAGCCGAGAGCGACAGCGUCUUUUGGCGGGAAUCUGAUCUUUCGGCGCGGAAUUGAGAUUCACGAGCUAGGAGUUACAAACUUUCAUAUUGUCGCAUCACAUCAGAGCCUUCAAGGUUUGACUCUCUCAAGACAGUCCACCGUAAAUAUUGACCAUGCUGCAAGUCUCAACGUGGGCCUUGUUUCUCCGUCAAUCUUUGACGCAAAUUUCAAACGGGAAAUCGUAGAAAAUGCUCUGGAUAUGGAGAGGGCCCUCUCAAAGCUCCAAGCCGGCAUGGAUGCCGUUAACCUCGAAUCCCAAGCCCUCAACAACCUCAAUAGAGCCACAGGAACAGUGUGGGCGGGCUCUGGUUUUCGUUCCGACAAUGGUUUUGGAGUGGAUUGGGCCCUGGUCUCUCUACCAAGUUCUAGGUUGUUUCUGAAAAAGUUACCUACGUCUGAGGAACUGGCCGCUCUUCCCCCUUAUAUUCACCCAAUGCUGCUCUUCCCGGACUCGGGAAAGGUCGAGGACUAUGUCGACUCUACGGUGAAUUUCAAUGGUCCCACGGUGUCCGCGUGGCAUGUUAUCGGGGCCCAUAACGUACCAUUCUGCGAUAGCGGUGACUCAGGAUCUUGGCUGAUUGAUAGAAAUGGCAAUACGAGUGAAGAUUUUACAAAAGCAGCUAGCACGACACUCACUCAAGUACAAACUAGCAAGGGCCCAUGCAAGGAUCGAAUGGGAUUGGAAGAGAUCGCCGCAGUAUCCUCCUACGGACCCUGGCCUGGACAGCGGUUCCUGGCCAAUGCAACAUUACCGAUCUCUGUGGUGGCUGGAAUGUGCCGCAUGUCACGGCAUGUGUCCAUUAUGAUUGCGCAUUAUACGGAGUACUGCGUACUGUACGCAGGAGCUCCGGAGGGGGAAGGGGGAUGUUUUAAUAUGGGACAUAGACACAACCUCCUAGUAUUAUCGUCUGGAUGCGCUGGAUGUGCUGGACAAGCGUUGAUAGGACCAGGCCUUAAUUACAUAACCCGAAUCGGCGGAGCCUCCCCACGACGUCUGUAUCGACGCCACGACAACGACGCCGACAACGAGGACUCAACCUCGAUUAUCCUGAUCCCUUGA